GUAGAUUUGUUCUCUGUACAUACAUAAACUUCCUACGCUAAAAACGUGAUAGAAAUAUAUUUAGGAGGUCAAAAAGAAAGAGACGAAAAUAGAAAAGUGCAAGAAGUUCAGCCAUAAGGAACAACCUUGCAUCCUGCAUUACGUACUACGCACUUCAAUGUCGAAAUCCAAGAUGAAUAGUUUUGAGGGGCCGGCAGCCGGCAGGCGCCUCGACGAUUCCUCAGCUUCAAUGUAACGUCCACAAAUGUUAUCGCAAAAGCGUGUAAAAUGCGUACAAAAUGUAAUUGAUUGAGGAUAACAAAGAUUUUAGCGCAAAGCGCAUAACAUCCCUUCGUCAGCGACUUAUCAUUCCAACCUUAUUAUUUACGAUAACAUUUCUCCAAUUUAUGCUACGAUUAAUCAGGGAUGUGAAACUCGAAGGAAUUUUAUACUGCAAAUACAAGAAAGACUUUACAACUUAGUCAGAUUUCAAUCAGAGAUUUGGAGAAUGAUUUCCCAAAUGUCCCAUGUGAUGACCCUUGCUAACAGCAUUAUAGGAGUGAGCGUCCUGGCAAUGCCCUUCUGCUUCAAACAAUGUGGCAUCGUACUGGCCAUUUUGCUGUUACUUUUGUGUAGCACCUUAUCACGACUAGCAUGCCACUUCCUUAUCAAAUCAGCUGUAAUAUCGAGGAGACGCAACUUUGAGCUACUUGCUUUUCAUGCAUUUGGUCACAUGGGAAAGUUUCUUGCAGAGCUCUUAAUCAUAGGUUUUAUGUUGGGCACAUGCAUUGCCUACUUCGUCGUCAUCGGUGAUCUGGGACCACAGAUAAUCAGCAAGAUGAUAGACAGGACAUCAGGGGAAAUACGCACCAGUUUGUUAAUCAUUACUGGAGUCUUCAUAGUUUUACCUCUCGGGCUGCUUCGAAAUAUCGAUAGUCUAUCUAGCAUUUGUACUGCUACUAUUGUUUUCUAUCUCUGUCUCAUAUUAAAGAUAAUGAAUGAAUCUACUCUACAUAUCUUUGCGGAAGAUUGGUUUGAUAAUGUUAAUUAUUGGAGACCAGCUGGUAUUCUCCAGUGCCUCCCCAUAUUCUCCAUGGCUCUCUUCUGUCAAACUCAACUAUUUGAAAUAUACGAAACCAUUCCAAAUGCAUCCUUAGAGAAAAUGAAUGAUGUUGUAAGAGGAGCGUUAAAUAUUUGUACUCUUGUAUAUAUGUGUGUUGGCUUGUUUGGUUACAUUGCUUUCUGUACUCAAUCAUUCACAGGGAACAUUUUACUGAGUUUCGAACCUAGCAUAACAUCCGAACUGAUUAAACUGGGAUUCGUAUUUUCGGUUGCAUUCAGUUUCCCUCUAGUCAUUUUUCCAUGUCGUGCGAGCUUGAAUUCUCUUUUAUUUCGCCGGGUACAUACCCACGAACCGUCUAUCAAUUAUUUGUCAGAAUCCAGAUUUCGAUGUCUUACUAUCGCAAUAGUCAGCAUUUCCCUGAUAAUCGGUAUUCUAGUGCCAAAUAUAGAAUUUGUUCUUGGUAUCGUGGGAUCAACGAUCGGAGUAAUGAUCUGUUUGAUAUUCCCGACAGUAUUCUUUGUGUCUAUAAACAGCAAAAAUACUAAUGAAAGAUUAGUAGCACAGGGUAUUUUAAUUAUCGGCGUUUGGAUUAUGGUGCUCGGUACAUACGCUAAUUUAUAUGCAAUGGAAGAAUCUACAAAUGCAAAAUUAACGAUAACGAGUAAACCACUCGGUCAAAUCAAUUUACCAUUGAACAUUAAAGACAGUUUACAUAUUCCUGAUGUUCCUAAUAGUUUGGAAAUCAUUCCUAGAGCAAAAGAUAAAAUUAAUAAGCUGUCUGAGAUUAGUGUUCUCGAUAAAACAUUGGAUUUGAAAGUAAAAGACGUUCGACAAGAACCGCCCAUACCAGUUGAACGUGUAAUUGUGACCGAAAAACAGAAUAUUGAAAAACCUGAUAAAGCAGCAGUAGACACUCUUGUGCCAGAAAUAAAAGAAAUAGAAGAUGAAACAGUUAAACCUUUAAAUGAAAAUUUAAACGUGCAAUUGCAGGUUGCUGUGAAUACCGAUAUCGCUAAAAUUGAUGAAUCUGUUACAUUGAAAGCAGAGGAGAAGAUAAAAAUAAUUGAAGAGAAGGAACGAUCUGUGGAUUUGCAGAAGAACGAUAAUCUUAUUAAUUUAGAUGCAAUAAAGAAGGAGGAAUCAGAAUUGGCGGCUGAUGGAGAUGUUGCUAAUGCUAGAGCUGCAGAACGGCACGAGCAACUUAGAAAAACAUUAGAAAAGCAUAAAUUGGAGCAACGUGAAAUGAUGCAAGAACAGAAGAAAAUUCUAAAAGAUAUCAAGGAACAGAAGCAAGAGUUUGAGAGAGAAAAACAAAGAAUGGCAAAAGAUGAGUUACUUAAGAAAAAUGAAAAGAACAUACAGAUUGAUAACGAGGAUUUAUUGCCAAAGAGCAAGACAAACUUGAAAGAAAACGAUAGAAAAAUUGUCGAAAACAAGGAGAUAGUGAGUAUAGAAGAAAAAAAUAAUAAAGUAGUUUUGGAGGAGAAGCAAUGGAAUGUUGCGAAUAAAAUAAAGAUCAAUGAAAAACAGCAAUCUCAAGAUGAGAAUAACAAUAUAGCAGCUGAAAGCAAGAAAAAAUUGGAUUCCUUUCAGGAAAUUUCUCCCAACGAAGAUAUAGAAGCAUUACAAAAAAUAUCAGGAAAUAUACCAGAUAAAUCUUUUAUCAAAGAAGUGGCCAUUGAUCAUGAAAUAUCCGAGAGAUUGUUACACAAAGAAAAACAAGAUGAUACGAAAAUUGAGAGAAUAGAAUUUAACGAUUUAAAAAAUAUGAAGGGUUCCAUCUUGAAUAUCUUAUCAAAAGGAGCUAUACAGAGAUCUAUUGCAGAAGAAGUACUUGUUAAAGAGAACGAUAAUCGUCAAAUGAAAGAAGAGAAGAGAGAGGCUGUUAGAAAUGGAGUUAUGAACAUGUCAGAGGAACUGCAAGGAAAAUACGAUGACAAAUAUUCUGUACCUGUAGCAUUAAAAAUGAUGAAUCAGUCAAAAAUAGACAAGACGAUUGUUUCAUCAUCAAACAAAAGCGAACCAGAAGUUGUUCCCAUUGUACAUAGAGAUAUUUUGGAGAAUAAUGAACGUGAAAAGAGAGACGUAGAUAAAGAAGUAAAUGUAAACGAUACAAACUUCAGUAAUCGUUUAUCUGAAAAAUCCGAAUCUUUUAUUAAAGAUAUCAAUAACGUCGAUCGCGGAACUUGCUCAAAAUUACAGGAGAAUUCCAAGAGUUAUGAAGAUAAAAAAUUUGAUAAGAGAAUAACUAAAUCGAGCACAACUGAAGUGCCUCUAAUUAAAACGAACAUUUAUUUAUCCGAACAGGGAAUAACAAAGACAAUUUCUAUGAACGCUCCACAUGAUGCUCUUAAUGUGGAGUAUAUAAAUAUGAAACAAAGAGAUUUGAAAGCUUUGAAUCCUAAGAGUAAUAUAGAAAUAUAAAAAUAAUA